ACAGCACGGUGCGGAAGGAGCGGGAGGUGAUGCUGCGGCUGAAAGAGGUGGUGGACAAGCAGAGGGAUGAGCUCCGCGCCCAGGCCCACGAGAUCAUCUGCAAGAGCCGUGACACGGAGGCGCUGCAGGAGCAACUGCAUCGCUUCAUGGCCAUGAACGAGGACCUGCGGCACAAGGUGGCCGUGGUGCAGGCGCAGCUCAAGAGCGCGCUGGAGAAGAAGUCGGACCUGGAGGAGGCGAUGCUGCAGCUCCAGAGGGAAACGAGCAGGAGGAGCAGGACAGCCCCUGACAUCCAGCAGCUGGAGCCCAAUGUGGUGACAGGCGGUGGUUCGUGGAGGGCUGUAGUGACUCCAGGAUCACAAACUCAGCCUUUGGGAGGGGGCUCUGGGGUCUCCACUGGCUGCUGACUCUUUCUGUCCCCACAGGAAGGAGCACUGUCACCCCCAGAGGAGCCGCAGCACCAGGACACGGGCAGGAGCCCCGCUCACUGCUGCUUCUCCAGGGAAGAGCUGCAGCAGAUCCUGCAGGAGCGCAACGAGCUCAAGACCAACCUGUUCCUGGUGCAGGAGGAGCUGGCUUAUUACCAGCGGGAGCUGCUGAAUGAAGAGAGGGUUCCCAGCUUCUUCUUGGACGCCAUGAAAUCGACCAUCAAAAGGCAGAGAAAAAAAAUCAGAGCCAAAAUGCUGGGGACGGCGGAGGAGUCAGCGAGCAGCGAUGAAGAUGAGGGCUCCUGGCUCCCGGGUCGAGGCACAGACUGCGUGGAUGCUCAACCUCCCGAAUCCAAAAUUAGGAGCUUUUUUGGGCAGUGGUAUCAGGACAGCAGCGAGGACCCCCCCGCAUCCAGCUGCUCCGGAGCCUGGGAAAUCAUCGACUCGCUGGACACGCAGCUGGAGCCGGCGCCCGCGUCCCCCGACAGAGCCACGCCACCCCUCUGA